CUGUGACCUGGCGAUCGGCUGCAGCCUUCGCAUCCGACAAACCAUUCAGCCGGCCUGAAGGCGUGGAGGAGUUUGGCCGUGCGGCUCAGUCGUUGCCUAAAAUAGCGGCCAGGCCAACCGGACCCUUUGUUGUUCUGUGGUGCAGGUCUGUAACUGGGCGAGAACUGUGUGCACCUCCUGUCUCAGUUCCUCCAACAUCGUCGCGUGAGGUUACGCACGGCACAUCAGUCCGAAUUUGGCCUGCGGUUGUUUCCCUCUUACUGCUAAGAUGUUGGGCGUUGCGUCGCGGUUUUCAGUGCUCAAGAUUGAGGGCGAAGAUCAACCCAAAACCCCUGUCAAGAAGAGGGUUGAAAAAUCUAAAACCGAUGGCAAGAAACCCAACCCCAGCCAGAACAAAGCUGCUGGUGGUCCAGCCAAGAACAACAAAAAGCCAGGAGCUGCUCAAAAUGGACAGAGUACCAACUCAAAGGGUAAGGGUAAAACAUCCAAAGUCAAAGCAGCGACUGCAGAGCAGUGGGAGGAAUGGAAACAGAAAGACGCAAAGUAUGUAGAUGAAAACUAUGAAGGGGAACUGCAAGAGGCAAUUCUUCAGUCCAAAUUAGAAUUUGAACAGAAUAAAGACUUUUAUGAACGAACCAAGAAGGAACUGGAAGCAGAGAAAAAGUUAGCAUCUGUUGCCGGUAAAAAGAAAAAAUCAAAAGCCAUGUCUCUUGACGAAUUUAAUAAUAUGCAGGAAAAUUCUGAAAAUGGAAUUGAACAAGAACCUUGUGAAAAUGGCGCUGCAGCUGUUGAUGAUCCAGAAUUUUUCAAUAAGAUUAAAGAAGAGGCUAAAGAAGUAAUUAAAAGGGAACAAAUGAAAAGAAAAAUCAAAGAAAGAGAGCCUUUCCUAGAUGAAGCAAUUUCCAUUGCUCAAUAUCAAGUUAAGUUAGAAGAAAGAGAUGCUGAAAUUGCAUCCUUAAAGGAGGAAUUGGCUCAAGUCAAGGAAGAUCUUCUUAAAGUGAAAUCCCGCAACAAGAAAUUAUGUUCAAUCAUAGGUCAAUCUGAAGUCAAAGACAAAGCUGAGAUACUGGUCCAGCUGGAUAAACUUCAGGUUGUUAAAGAUGAACUCACUGCUGAAGUGGCAAAUCUUCAUGUCCAACUUGAGCAGGAGCGUUCUAAAGUUCAUGCUUUAAGUGCAACUGAUGGCAAGGGAAAGGGGAACAAGAAAAGGACUGCCAGUGAGACUCACAAUUAGUGAGAUUUCACAUCAAGACUGUGGACACAAGGUCCAUGUAACAAGACUAUUCUCUUGUACACAUGAGAGUACCAAAUUGUUUAUCUUCUCAUGAUGUACUUACAGUAUUAAUUGUUUUCUAUUCAAUGUGAGUGGGUGGGUCCAUUCCAUUUCAUUGCCAGCCCACAAGUCCUUGCAGUGUUAUAGUCUCAUUAUUUUCUUGUAGCUAACUACCUCAUUGACAUAAAAUUAUGUGAGUGAGUAAUGAAUCCCAUUUGUUGUUGCAUGUUUGAGAUUGUAAUAUAGGGUCAGUACCUGAAAUAUACCUUGGUGUAUGGGCAAAGUU